AUGAACAAGUAUCAUCAAGUUAGAGUCAUUGGAGUCGGCAGCGAAGCCAAGGCAAUACUAGUCAGGAAACACGAUAGUGAUGGACUCUAUGUAAUCAAACAGAGAAUAUACACCAACUUGGAUCAAGCCAAUGAAGGUCUCAAUGAGGCAAUGUCAAUGGCAAAGAUACAACAUGGAAACAUUGUAAAGAUUGAGGAGGUGUUCAUGGAGAAGAAUGGAACACAGAAUAGUUUGUGUAUAGUGAUGGAGUAUUGUGAUGGUGGCGAUUUGAUGGAGUUCAUGAUCAAUAUGAUAUUGAUUGAAAGUGGAAUGGGUGAAGGCAGCUCAGUGCCAUCAAGUCCACCACAGACUGAGAGACAAUCAGUUAGUUACAGUCCAAUGUCCACAUUGUUAUCAGUUGGUGGUGGUAGUGGACUUGAUGGAUCAUCGUCAGACGACACGACAUAUUCAUACAAGACUGCCACGACCACGACCACAACAUCGACCUCAACAUCAUCAGCAUCGAUGAUGUCGGCAUACACUUCGCCGCCACCACUGGAGAUCACAUACCUCCACACUGCAUCGCAGCAUGGCAACAGACCUGCACAUAAGCAACACAGGAAGCAAUUAUCAUUCGAUUCACAAGUGCUCCAACAACAUGUACAACAACAACAACAACAAUAUCAACUUGAGGCGAUGGCCAUGGGGAUGGCACAACAACCAAGCAGCUCACUAUCCGUCCACAAUCACAACAACAACAACAAGGCCAAUCGAACAAGUUGGUUCAGGCACUCCAAGAAAGUGCGUGCGCCGCCCAAGCCUCUGACCAAAGAGUCAUCAUCACAUUCAAUGAUUGAUCAACUCAAGUCAGCGCCUGGCACUCCCUCCAAACUCGACAUGGAUCACACUCUUCGCGUAUUGAUCCCAUCAAAUUUAUUGUAUAAAUGGAUAUAUCAGUUAUGUUUGGCCGUCAGUUCGAUACACAACUCUCACUUCAUCCACAGGGAUCUCAAGUCUGAGAACAUAUUCCUCUCGGAUUAUGAGAUCAAGAUUGGUGACUUUGGACUGGCCACCAGAUUCGACAACAACAUCAAAGGCAUCGCUGGAACAUAUUAUUAUUCAUCUCCAGAGGUCCUUAAUAAUCAGCCAUACUGCCGACCCGCCGAUAUAUUCUCGUUGGGAUGUAUAUUAUAUGAGAUGACAACCUUCCAUUUGCUACCUCUCACCAAACGAUGUAUAGCUGAAGAGUUGAUCGCUGGAACAUUCGACUCCAAUGUGUUCAAAAGAGAAUUCCCCAAUGAACAUCAAGAACUUGCAGACUUGGUAUUGAGGAUGCUGGAUAUGAACCCGGAUGCUAGACCAUCGAUAGAUUUGAUAUUACAGAAUAAGUUGUUUGAUCAAUUUAAGAAACAGUAUAUACCACAAGAUAGUGCGAUAUUGUUGGAUACUUCACCAGCAUCUGGUGUGGUGUCAACAUAUUCAGUGUCGCCACAAGGUGGCUUCAGGAAACAGUUGGACAAGAGUGAACUGUCUGAUGCAGCCGCAAUAUUAGCAGAGGCCUAUAGUCAAGACCCUAGAUUCUCAUGGAUAAAGAGGAAGAAGUCAAAUCAAGAUAAUGCUGGAGUUGGAGGUGGAGGAGGAUCACUCAAUCAAUCAGAUGAAGAUAUAAUCACAUUGGACUUUAUGGAUCAAGACAUCACAGAUGACAAUGACAACGAUGUCGUUGAUCGUGGAUACGAGAUCAGGAAGCUAUUCUUUGAGUCAGCUCUUAGAAUAAUGUAUAGCGAGCGAUUCUUACUUUGGGGAUACUACAACUCGGAUAAUAUAUUACAUGGAGUAGCAUGUUGGAUAUCACCAGACAGUAAGAAGCGUGUACCUUAUGGAACUAUGAUCGUCAAUGUCCUGUCACUAUUACCAAAGUUGGGAUUGAAGAACUCAAAGAGGAUUAAGGACUUGAUGGAUGCGAUUGAUCGAGCGAUGGAGAAGGUACAUGGUGAUGGCAAUCAAUAUCAUUUGGCUUAUUGUGGCGUGAGGAAGGAGUCGCGAUCCAAAGGAAUAGGUCGAUAUAUGUUGGCGCCAGUAUUGGAAUGGUGUGACUUUUCCAAUCGCAGUUGCAAGGCCAUCGUAUUGAAACAACGUUCCAUUCCUUUCUUUAUGAAGCUUGGCUUUGAAAUGGUCAAAGAGUUCAAAGGUGGCCAUCAGCCAAAAGGCAUUGACGUGAUCUGGGUGAUGGAGCGCAAGUCGCGUCCAAGAGAUAUCGCCACUCCUUCUUCCGUAUCAGCACAACAUCUUAUCCCUUUGCCAUCACCAUCUCCUCAACAUUAA